AGGUCGAGGGUCUGGUAGAGGCUGCCUAGUGCGGCUCAGUGUCGGGUUGUCUGCCGCUUAGGAAAGUAACACUCCUCACUGCCUGCCGACCCAAACAUGGUUCCUUGCCCCUGUGCGCCUAAUAUACCCUGAUUCGCGGGAGGGGACUCCUGCGCCGAGGCGUGUGUGUGAUAACCAAUCUAGCGCCCUUGUCCUGCAGCGGAACGUUGAGCUAAACAGUGAAAUCGAAUUGUGGUCUGUGGCUGCCUGUGUUGUGGAAGAGGGAGAGAGAGCAAGAGCGAGAGCGAGCGCUGGAAGAAAAAGAGCACACAAGAAAACAGGAGGAUUACACUGCUGCUAAGGUGGAGCUGCCCUGCAUGGUGGUGUUGUGUCUGUAGAGGUGCCAAGGCGCGGACAGCUGGUGGUGAGCGGGAGUCCAGGAGUGUGGAGCACGGCCAGGCGGAGGCAGCGGCGGCGGAGGUGUGGUGGUGCAGUGUUGGUGGUGGUGGUGGUGGAGGGAAGCGGAGGCGAGUGGUGAGUGUUGAGUGUUAGCAGCGUGGAACACAUCGCCUGGGUCAUGCCGCUCUUCGGGACCAAGAAGGAAGCCUCCAAAAAGUGCCCCAAAAAGGAGAAGGAGGAAGGGAAGAUGCCGUCGGUCGAGGACAAAUAUGUUCUCAAGGAUUUGCUUGGAACGGGGGCGUUUUCCCAGGUGCGUCUGGCCGAGGUGAAGGAUGAUCCGUCUACGGUGGUGGCCAUCAAGAUCAUCGACAAGAAGGCUCUCAAGGGCAAGGAAGACUCCCUCGAAAAUGAGAUUAAAGUUCUCAGGAGGCUAACGCAUCCCAACAUAGUUCAGCUCUUAGAAACGUUUGAAGAUAAACACAAAGUCUAUUUGGUAAUGGAAUUGGUGACGGGUGGCGAGCUGUUUGACCGCAUUGUGGAAAAGGGAUCCUAUACUGAGAAGGAUGCAGCGGACCUCAUUCGGCAAGUCCUGGAGGCUGUGGACUACAUGCAUGAACAGGGUGUGGUGCAUCGGGAUCUAAAGCCAGAGAACCUUCUCUACUUCAGCCAAGAUGAAGAUAGCAAGAUAAUGAUCAGUGACUUUGGGCUGAGCAAGAUGGAAGACUCAGGCAUCAUGGCAACAGCAUGUGGCACGCCAGGCUAUGUGGCCCCUGAGGUCUUGGCACAAAAGCCCUAUGGGAAGGCAGUGGAUGUAUGGAGUAUAGGAGUAAUUGCCUACAUCCUCCUGUGUGGGUAUCCUCCCUUCUAUGACGAAAAUGAUGCCAACCUCUUCGCACAGAUUCUCAAAGGUGAGUUUGAGUUUGACUCGCCGUACUGGGAUGAAAUCAGCGACUCGGCCAAAGACUUCAUCCGGCAGUUGAUGUGUGUUGAUGUGGAGAGGCGGUUCACUUGCAAGCAGUCUCUCAACCACCCAUGGAUAUCUGGUAAUGCUGCCAGUGACAGGAACAUCCACAGCUCGGUGUCUGAGCAGUUGAAGAAGAACUUUGCAAAGAGCCGCUGGAAGCAAGCCUACCACGCCACAGCCGUGAUCCGCCAAAUGAGGCUGUUGGCGCUCAGCACUCAGCGUGAAAAGAAGGAGACGACGAAUUCCAGUGACACCAACGCCAACAGUACUACCACCACCACCACCUCCUCCACCACCACCACCAAAACCACCAACACCACUUCUUCGGCCCCCAAAACCACCUCCAACCCCACCACCACCACCACCAGCGCCCCAAGAGAAAAUGCCCACUAGUUCCCCACGGCUUGCUGCUGCUGCUACAUCUUGUUGUGUUUACUUUACCACCAUUGUGAUGUCAUCAGGUUGCCUUCAGUGGUUGUUUACAUUCUCAGGACAGACGUAAAUGGCGGCAGCGGCGGCAGUGGUGGCAGCAGUGACCAUGGUCCGGGCCAUGGCUUGCUGGCCUGUGGCUCAGACUCAUCGGUUAUGAGGAAUUCCUUUGGUUGUGUAAGCUGAGUGCCAAGCCCUGAGUGUAGCAGUAGCAGUUUGUCCUAUGACAAUGUCAACACAAUGCUGAGUGGUGACUGCUGUAAGUUUGUCUUCAGCUGCUCCAUGUCCCUCAGCAGUGACUGGCUCAACCCGCGGCCCAGCGGCCAAGCGGCCCCUCCACUCUAUCUUAUUGUGACUCAUUCUAAAAGCUAAUAGUUAUUUUUGUAUCAUAUUUACAGGUAUUUUCACUUUGCAGUGGGUAGUGUCCCCAUUUUUAAAGCAAGGUUUGCCACACUGUGGCAACGCUCUCAAGAGAAACACUUCAAGUCUUGUGCCGCGAGCAGCAGCCGCGCCACCGCCGCCGCUGCCGCCAGUGAGCGGUAGAGGUGCUGCUGCGACUGUCUGUUUGAAUAAGUUAGCUGAAGCAAGCACUCGUGGCUGCAGCACUCACUCCCUCCUCCCUCCUCCCUCCCUCGCAGUGAGAUAGAUCCCAGCUGUUGGUGGAUGCACUACCUAGCUCAGUCCAGUGUUCAGCUUGUCAUUCUCAUCCUCUGCCAGUUUGUGAGGCAGAGGUGGAAGCUUCUUGUUUGCACUCGCAGUUCACUUGUUGGACUUAAAGGCUGACUUAGUGACGUAUUAAUAUCUCCUUGUUUGGAGGUUUUGUAUAUGCUGGGACAGGGAAUAAGUAUCCUGUUGUUAUUUUAGCUUAGCCAUGAUUUUUCCUUCAUACACAGUGUUUGAAGUUUAUGGUGUUGGAAAAUCACUUCUGUCCAACUAAGGACCUGUUGUCUUUCAUGCCACACAUGAUAUUUUGACAUGUAAAGAAGAAUGGGAACUAUGUGAACUAUUAGACAGUAUACAUAUACAUAUAUAAAUAUAAAUAUAUAUAUUUAGCAUAAAUAUUUAUUCCCAUGGGCACUGAAGCUCUCUGUUAAUCAAAUUUUGUACUUGUGCAAUUGCCUCUUAACACGAGACACAAAGAAAGGCCUGCCAGGAAGCUCGUGUGGCACUCUGGGCGAUGUGUGAUUCUGAUCUACGCAAAGUUUGUAAAUUUCUAAGUGCAAUUUUUGAGCAGUAACAGUAAUCCUUUAUUUAUUUACUCACUCUUCUCUUGGAGAAGUUAUACUCUUGGUGUUCUGUAGUAGGUCCACCUUGGCCCCGAGAACUUACUGCCGGCUGGAGGAAGGAAGUGGUGGGUGGGUGCCAGCUGCGUUGUUGGCUGUGGUGGAGGUGUGGUGGGGUGGCAGGCAGCACGGCAGUGGGGGCUCGGCGCCAAGGCAACGCUGAUGCACACAUCAUUAGCACAAACUGUCUGGGCUACCCGGCUCAAGUGGCUCCCUGGCGCUGCUCGGCGCAGAGGGUGAUGGUCGCUCACUUGCUUCUCAAGCUGUGAAGAAAUGCAACUUCAUUUUCAUGGAAUACCAUUUGAUGUAAAUCUUCUUAAUUGUACAUAUUUUUGAUAGUUAUGUGAUUGAAAUUUUUUUAUGUACUUGUGAAAAAACAACCCAUGAUCAAUUGUGACCUUUUCCUGACUUGAGCUUUUCGUAAAUAUUGAAUGUAGUCGCCACCAUAUGAAUGUGUACUCCUAUUUUUCAAAUUUUAUCCACAUUAGCAAUCUUUAUAGAUGGUAGUCAAAGCAAGUUAGUAGCAUGUAGGAUUUUUCAAAUAUUGCAUCAGUAGAUAGUAUGCAAAUCCUUUCAAUGACUUAAUAUAAUCUCAUUGCAUGAUGCCAUUGGAGAAGAGAAUGUUAUUGGUGGCAUUACUCUGAGCCAGCCUGGCCCUCUGCACUGUGUUGAGGCUCAGCACUAGUGAGGGCAUGGCAAAGUGUGGUGGUGCCUCUUGGAGCCAGCAUGAGUAGUAGGGCUUGUCUGAUCUCUCCUCACACUGAGAGAAGCGAGGUGCCACGUGGCCUAAUGAUAUCCUUCCAUUAAUGCACAUAAUAUACCUAUACUGUCUUUGCACCUCAUGGUGUGUGUGUGUGUGUGUGUGUGUGUGUGUGUGUGUGUGUGUGUGUGUGUGUGUGAGAGAGAGAGAGAGAGAGAGAGAGAGAGAGAGAGAGAGAGAGAGAGAGAGAGAGAGAGAGAGAGAGUGUGAGUGUGUUGUGAGAGUGAGUGCAUGACUAUUGCUUGCCUCCCCUGGGUUCCACUAGAGGACAACAGUAGCUGCAAGAGGACGGCCUCGGCCACACACACUGUACUGGGAAUGGAGCUGCAAGGCUGGCCUGUGUUAAGAGGCGUUUUUUAGUUUGUUGCAGAAAAAAGUUUAGGAUUAAAGUUAAUAAAGUAAAUAAAAUUAUGGGUAAGUGAUAGGUAUUAACGUUUUUCUGUCCACUGCCUGGCAUGUCCUGUAGCAAUUCAGGUCUGUGCGCUAGUCGGAUGAAACACGAUAUGUAAUGUAGUCUGGGUGAGAAAAAUUUUACCAUUGAUUGUUAUAAAUUACUGUGAAAAGAUGGAUACAAGGGAGCCACUAAUCAUGUGGAGUCUCAACAGUGGUCACUAGGACUCAAGUGGAGGGUUUCCCACCACUGUGUCGGAGACUUGAGGAUGAGACGACCCUUAGAAUGACGCGCUGCACAGCAUGUGACCUUGCUGCCCAUGCAAAGUUUACAAAAACCUGCUUGUAGCUCUAGCUCUCUCUGCCUUCUCAGAUGCCUGGCUCUGUCCCCUUGUGGCUGAGUAAUACAGAAUCCAACACCUUCACUUAGGUAUGCAUUAAUGCCUUAAUUGACAUUUUGUGCUGUUGUUUUCUCCUGUGGAGGCUGCGCACGGUACCCCCUCAUCACGACAGACUCAGCACCACACGCCCGCUGGGGUGCUGCGCUGGGGCCUGUCAGCAUGUUGGCAGGCUCCACUAUUGCCACAACCUCUUAUGUCAAUUAUAUGCAACAUGGAUACUUCACCACAAGUACUGCAUCCUGACUCAUGUGAAUUUCCCACAUCAUUCACUGGAUAGGAAAGAAAAUUGUUUGAAUUUUUAUUUUGUUGUUAUUUCACCAUGAAGCAUGAGUCACACUGAUCUUAAAAGAGUCUUGUGUUCUUCCCUCUCACUCUUGUCCAGCCUAUGUUUCUCUGUGCUCAAAUCUUGCAGUUCCCGCUCUACACUUUGUACACUUCAAGACUUUAGUGGAUUUAGGAAUACAACAGUGAUUUUGUUAUUCACUGAUACUGUCCCAUCAUUACUGUGUGCAUUACUUUGGUGUGUGUGUUCCUUUUCAGACAAAUCCAUAUAGGGAGUCACUAGUACUACUACUUUAUCAAUCAUUUGAGUCUGGAAAUAUGGGGUAUGAAUUUUCUAGAUUGUAAAGGGUAUAUAUAUAUAAAUAUAAAUAUAAAUAUAUGAUAAUAUUACUACAUAAUUAUAUUGUUUUAGAAUAGUUGGAACUGUUAAAUCCCAAAGGAAGGUUUUGAAGUGUAAAAGACUUUUUCUCAUUGGAACUUUUUAUAAGGAGGAUCCGGCAGUGUGGCGUCAGUGCGGCGCUGCUCCCAUCCAGCACACACACACUAGCGCCUCUUGUCUCUACUACCCAUAUUUUACAAGCUUCUACCAAUUUGACUGUUUCAUUAUAAAAAAACAAUAAAACAAGAAUGAC